AAAUAAUUCAUUUCACAGAUUUUAACUACGACGUUUGCUUCUUAAUAAGAAGUAUAAAGGGAUUGAAAGAAACAAGAAAUACUCUAAUUACAAGUCAAUGUCAAAGAUAAAAUUAUUCGAUGUAAAUCAAAGAGCCGAGGAAUACGCUUAAUAAAUAAAAUGAAAAUGCGUUUGAGACAGUGGAAUAGAGACAGUCCUUGAACAAAUGGAGGAAUGAAGUGAUACGCAUGUUCAACGAAUGCAAAAAACUAGUGAAAUAGCAACGAGACUUUAUUAUAACAUUUCCCAACUGAAUCUUGCCAAUUUAAUGCGAGUCCACUCUCUGCUCAUCCUGCAAUUUUUUUUGCUGAAACGUGGAAACGUGAAAAAUCCACCAUUUUUUUUUUUUUUUUGAAAACAAAGAGAAUCGAAGAUACAAUGAAGAAUAACAAUACGAGGAGGGAUAGAACGAAAAAUCAUCAAAAAUGACGAUACCAAACAAUUAUACCACGUACAUGUUACCAGCUUGCGAUAAUUUGACCAACUUCUUCAAUCACUCUCGUGAUCUAACUCUUGACUCGAGAUUAUGGAACACGAGCGAGUUGAGCCAUCCCUUUCAUUCCUACAAUUUAAAGAACAUAACGUGUUUGGAACACGCGCCAUACUCAAACAGCAACACUUUCUUUAAAUCUCUCAUGUUGACCAUCAUAGCGGUCACCAGCAUAUUGGCCAACCUGGCCACCAUAUACUCGAUUAUCAGGUGUCGACGAAGACACCACUCCUGGUCGGCGAUUUACACGUUGAUCCUGCACCUAGCUGUAGCUGAUCUCUUCGUAUCCGUGUUCUGCAUAGGCGGGGAAGCGAUGUGGAAUUACACCGUGGAAUGGAUAUGGGGAAACGUUGCAUGCAAAUUGUUCAAAUUCUUGCAGGUGUUCAGCCUGUAUCUGAGCACGUUCGUGUUGGUACUGAUAGGUGUGGACAGAUUCUUUGCCAUAAGAUAUCCUAUGAAAGGGAUGAACACCGCUGACAGAUGUUUGAAGUUCAUCAUCGUUGUGUGGAUACUAUCCUUUGUACUGUCACUGCCUCAGAUUAUCAUAUUCCACGUUGCCCAAGGGCCGUUCGUCGAAAAAUUCGAGCAAUGCGUGACCUAUGGAUUUUACACAGAGCCCUGGCAGGAACAGCUCUACGUGUCGUUCGGUUUGUUUUCCAUGUUUCUUCUACCUCUUGGCAUCCUCAUCGCCACCUACGUUUUCACCAUAAUUACAAUAUCUCGGAGCGAAAGAAUGUUCAAAGUGAAAUUGGCCAAUAACGAUAUAUGCCACGUAAACGGAGAUGUAAAUCGAAGAAAAUUAAUGUAUCGAGCAAAAACUAAAUCAUUGAGAAUCAGCAUCGUUAUAGUAACUGCCUUUAUAUUUUGGUGGACACCGUAUUACACAAUGAUGAUUAUAUUUAUGUUCUCUUCUCCCGACAAACAUUUUAGCGAUGAAUUACAAAACAUUAUCUUCUUUUUUGGUAUGAGCAACAGUUUGGUAAAUCCUUUGAUAUAUGGGGCGUUUCAUUUGUGGCCGAGAAAGCGUCGGAAUUUCAUGCAUAGGGAAAUAUCUACGACACAACGCAGAUUUACUCCAACCAGUAGCUAUAGACGAGAUUCACGAGAAACACGUACACCAAUUUUACCAAAAAAUUAUUGAAAUCCAUGUCUCGA